ACAAAUUCCUAGAUGCCUUCAUUAAAGGAAACUUACUGUAUGACUCAGUGUUUGAUCACAUGCUGGCCUGGAACAGGUUCCCACAAGACUACCCGGAAGUGCCCUUUCUUCAAGUACAGUUUGAAGAUUUGAAGAGAAAUAAUGUGAAGGAAGUAAAGCGCCUUGCUGAGUUCCUCUGUCGUCCUCUCUCUGACAAGGUUUGCGAAGAAAUUGCUGACGCGUGCAGCUUUUCUAAUCUCAAACAAGCUUCCGUGCAUAAGGAUCCAACGCACCUUAACCGGUGGAUAGAUGGGUCAUCUGGAGUCUUCAGAACAGGUGAAACAGGUGGCUGGAAGCAUUGGUUCACCGUUGCUCAGAGUGAAAAAUUCGACAGAAUGUAUGAACAAAAGUAUCAUCGUCCAUUUCCCUAUUGA